AUGUUCGCAUUCGGCGAGCAGCCCUAUGGCGACGCAAGAGGCGUGGAGGUACGUGACAACCGGAAGAAAAACAUUUAUUUUGAGCUCAAGUGGUACAAGACGGAGUCCUACAACUACGGCACCUUCAGCCACGCGAGUGACGUGUGGAGCUACGGCGUCACGCUCUGGGAGAUGUUCUCAUUCGGCAAGCAGCCCUAUGGCGACGCACGAGGCGUGGAGCAAUCGUCGGCGUUCUACAACUAUGGCACCUUCAGCCACGCGAAUGACGUGUGGAUCUACGGAGUCACGCUCUGGGAUAUGUUCUCAUUUGGCAAGCAGCCCUACGGAGACGCAAGAGGCGUGGAGGUAUGUACCAAGAGAAAAAAAACAUUUAUAUUUAAGCUUAGAGGGUACGCAUCGGUAUCCUACAACUACGGCACCUUCAGCCACGCGAGUGACGUGUGGAGCUACGGCGUCACGCUCUGGGAGAUGUACUCAUUUGGCAAGCAGCCCUAUGGCGACGCAAGAGGCGUGGAGGUACGUACCAAGAGAAAAAAAAACCAUUUAUAUUUAAGCUUAGACGGUACGCAUCAGUGUCCUACAACUACGGUACCUUCAGCCACGCGAGUGACGUGUGGAGCUACGGAGUCACGCUCUGGGAGAUGUCCUCAUUCGGCAAGCAGCCCUAUGGCGACGCAAGAGGCGUGGACGUACGUGACAACUCGAAAAAAAAGUCAUUUUACGCUCAAGUGGUACGCGCUUGGGUCCUGCAACUACGGCACCUUCAGCCACGCGAGUGACGUGUGGAGCUACGGCGUCACGCUCUGGGAGAUGUUCUCAUUUGGCAAGCAGCCCUACGGAGACGCAAGAGGCGUGGAGGUACGUGACAGAGAAAACAUUUAUAUCUAAGCUUAGAAGGUAGCAAUCGUGGGCGUUCUACAAUUAUCUUCAGCCACGCGAGUGACGUGUGGAGCUACGGCGUCACGCUCUGGGAGAUGUUCUCCUUCGGCAAGCAGCCCUACGGAGACGCAAGAGGCGUGGAGGUACGUGAGAGAUAAAACAUUUAUAUCUAAGCUUAGAAAGUAGCAAUCGUCGGCGUUCUACAACUAUGGCACCUUCAGCCACGGCAGUGACGUGUGGAGCUACGGAGUCACGCUCUGGGAGAUGUUCUCAUUCGGCAAGCAGCCCUAUGGCGACGCAAGAGGCGUGGAGGUACGUGACCAGGAGAAAAAAACAUCUAUUUGAAGGUUUAGUGGUACACGCCCGAGUCCUACAACUAUGGCACCUUCAGCCAC